CAUUUCAGUUUGGGCACAUCAUACCACAGGGCCCUUUAGUACUGACAUUUGGGUGUGGGUUGGAUUAGCUCUCGUGGAAGAAAAGGUAAUACAAUAGGACUUUGGUAUGCAAAGGUGAUGGCCCUAUCCGUGAGAAGAGACUACACGUGUAGCUUAAUGACAGCAUCUAAGAUACGACCGGCAUCUGUUUUCUUUUCAGUCACUUACACACAAACAUCCCCUUUAUGGCCAGGAUGCACUCUCCUGACACAGACGGGAGGAACUGCAGUCCUGUAUAAUGACGCCCGCUUGUAAUGAAGCAACUUUUGGUUCAGUACAGCGUCUCCGACGUCUCUUUUGAUCCAGCCACACUGCCGAGUCACUCUUCUGUCCGGACGAGGACGUCAACACCAGAAAUACACAUCACCGGAAAAUACAGGAUCCAACCGCAGAAGUAAGAGGAGGUUCUGCCCGUGAAGAAAUCCCGAGACCAAAUCACAGCAUGGGCUGCAGGAGCAAAUCCUAGUGGAGGCGAGGACUUGACGGAGGCUCUGCAGGUGACUGCUUGAAACAAACGGGGGUUAAAGAUGAUUGACACACGGCUGGUGGCUCAGAGGCGAGAGAUGAAACUUCUGGAGGACAGCGGCCAGCAGAAGACCAGCACCUACAUUGUGCCCUGCUUUCUCCUCGUCGAGUUGGUCAUCAUGGCAGGGACUGUUUUGCUGGCGUACUACUUUGAGUACACGGACACCUUCCCCGUGCACAUCCAGGGCUUCUUCUGCUUUGACAAAGCCUACUCCAAGCCGUACCUGGGACCGGAGGACUACAGCAAGGCGCCGCCUGUCCUCGUCUACUCCCUCGUUACCGCCAUCCCCACUGUGACGAUUCUGAUUGGAGAAGUGACCGGUUUCUUUGUCAAGUCCGAGGCGGCUCAGGAGAAGACCAUCGUGACCGCAGACUGCUGCUAUUUCAACCCUCUUCUUCGGAGGAUCGUGCGCUUUCUGGGCGUCUACUCCUUCGGCCUCUUCACGACCACCAUCUUCGCCAACGCGGGUCAAGUGGUGACAGGAAACCAGACGCCUCAUUUCCUGACGACCUGCAAGCCCAACUACACGGCUCUGGGGUGCCAGUCCUCGCUGCAGUACAUCACCGAGCACCGCGCCUGCACAGGGAACCCUUACUUGGUGGCGUCCGCCCGGAAAUCCUUCCCGUCCAAGGACGCGGCGCUCAGCUUUUACUCGGCCGUCUACACCGUGAUGUACGUGACCCUGGUGUUCCGCACCAAAGGGACCCGUCUGACCAAGCCGACGCUGUGCCUGGUGCUGCUGUCUCUGGCUGUGCUGGUGGGGGUGGUGAGGGUGACGGAGCACAGGAACCACUGGAGUGACGUCCUGGCUGGGUUUGUCACCGGAGGAGCCAUCGCCGCCUUCCUGGUUUCCUGUGUGAUCAACAACUUCCGGCCGGCCCAAACGGUGGGGCCGAACCCUCCUGCGCCUACGGCUCCGCAUCCUUCGGAGACCCCGGCCGGUAUUCCUCUGCUCAGUCUGCCUCGUGUUGAGAGUCCACUCGAAAAACUCCAGGGAUACCGUAUUCUGAGAUCACAUGACCAUCAGCCAAUCCCGCGCCCCACCCCUGUGCACCAUCCCCUCCGGCGGUGCCUCACCAGCUCGGUCUAGACCUGCCUGCCGACAGCGGCGGCACCGCCCCGCCUUGCCCCACCCACCGGGGGGUGCGGCUUUCUCUCCGUCGGGUGAAGUCCACCCAGGUGUGAAGGUCCCACGGACUGUACUUCUUUGCGAGACGGGCACACCUCAUCUUGUAGAGACGAGCGGACGAAAGGCUGAAUAGAAGCCAGCGUUGUUGAAGCAAUACAUGGCCGCCUCCUCCCUGGUCCCCACAAAGACUCGUUGGCCAGCGGAUCUCACUCAGGACUGUUCACUGUGGGCAAGGAGGAUUCAAUGUCACCAAAACGUUGCUUCAAGACAGCACUUUUUUUUAGUCCAGGGGUGUCCAAACUUUUUCCACCGACAAAAACGCCGCUAUCCUUAAUGAAUCAUUUCAUCUUGAUUAAUUAAACAUGCUAAAAUCCACCAAUUGUUGGUCAAUAUAUGCUAAGCUGUGAAAUAAAUGUAAAGAAAAAUACAAUUUGUACUACUAUUGUUUUUAUUUCAUAAACUAAAUUGCCUUUUUAACCCGCUGGAAAACGUACCAAAUCUUUGCGAGCGCGCGUGGCCUAACAACUCGUGGUCGCCAUGACGGGACGCACGAAAAUCAUCGAAGACCAUAUACUGUAGAGACGCACAGGAAGUCGGCCAUUUGGGGUUCGCAGGUGCCCUUUUUUGGGGGGAAUUUGGGCCGUCUGCGGUUUUGUGUGUAACAUUCAAAUGGUAUUUAUUAAGGUAGGAUUUAGCAUUUUUCACGUACUUUUGUGUUUACUUUCACCAUCAAAAAAAAUCACCCAAAAACUUAAAAUCCGCGUAAGGAAUAUUUAGAUAUUUUUUUUUUUUUUCAACUGUAAAAGUGUAGGGAUGGGUACCUUUUACAUUUGAACGGUUAAUCGUACUUAACUAGAGAUGUCCGAUAAUAUCACACUGCCGAUAUUACCGGCCGAUAAAUGCUUUAAAAUGUGAUAUCGGAAAUUAUCGGUAUCGGUCUCAAAAAGUAAACUUUAUGACUUUUUAAAACGCCGCUGUACAGAGUGGUACACGGACGUAGGGAGAAGUACAGAGCGCCAAUAAACCUUAAAGGCACUGCCUUUGCGUGCCGGCCCAAUCACAUAAUACCUACGGCUUUUCACACACACACCCCAGUGAAUGCAAUGCAUACUUGGUCAACAGCCAUACAGGUCACACUGAGGGUGCCCGUAUAAACAACUUUAACACUGUUACAAAUAUACGCCACACUGUGAACCCACACCAAACAAGAAUGACAAACACAUUUCGUGAGAAAAUCCGCACCGUGACACACCAUAAACACAACAGAACAAAUACCCAGAACCCCUUGCAGCACUAAUUCUUCCGGGACGCUACAAUAUACACACCCCGCUAUCCCCUAGCCCCCCGCCCACCUCAACCUCCUCAUGCUCUCUCAGGGAGAGCAUAUCCCAAAUUCCAAGCUGCUGUUUUGAGGCAUGUUAAAAAAAAUAAUGCACUUUGUGACUUCAAUAAUAAAUAUGGCAGUGCCAUGUUGGCAUUUUUUUCCAUAACUUGAGUUGAUUUAUUUUGGAAAACCUUGUUACAUUGUUUAAUGCAUCCAGCAGGGCAUCACAACAAAAUUAGGCAUAAUAAUGUGUUAAUUCCACGACUGUAUACAUCGACAUCGGUUGAUAUCGGAAUCGGUAAUUAAGAGUUUGACAAUAUCGGAUAUCGGCAAAAAAGCCAUUAUCGGACAUCUCUGUACUUUUUUUGUGUGUUCAUGUGGUAAAAUAAAAGCUAACUUUAAAAUAAUAAAAAAACAAUUUUGAAUUUAAAAUGAACCACUGAGCAGAGCUGUUAUAUCUUAGAGGGUUUUCCUAGUUGUGUUGCCAUGGUCAGUAAGUAGUCUUUGCCAUUAGAUUUGAAUGUGCCAGUCUUGUCUUUUGUUGAGCCCUACAAAGUGUUUAUACUGUAAAUAUCGUAUUUAUUACUUGGAUGUAGUUUCAAUUUACAAAUUUGGAGGCGUUGAACUGGCCAUGUAAAAUCGCUAAUGCUACUCAGUAGCUUGCAUAGGGCAUUUUCAAUGUAAAUUAGCAUCAUUUGGGAAAGAGGAGCCUUACUUUUGGGCGCUUUCUACCAAGCAGGCAUUGAAACAUUGCAACAUUAGUUAGAGGCUGUCCGCUACAAAUGAUGCCACAUGCAAUAAAAGGUAUCGAAAUAUGUCACCGAUUGACUUUAUGUAAAUCGGUAGUACCGAUGGAUUCAGUACCCAUCCCUAAACAAGUUUAAUAAUCCCUUUUAACUUAUGACGCAAAUAUAUAUGAAAUGUAAAAACUCAUGAACACAUUUAGCAAACAAAAGUCAAUGUAGUGAAAUACUGACUAUAGGCAGUACUAACUUCCUGUACUGUGUUAUGUACACAACACAUGUUUUUUUUGUAGUGUUUUACUUUUGUAGCUGUAUGUAGAAAUUGCGCCUCUUAAGUGGCUCUGUGCUCUUUUAAUGUCUUUUAUGUUCUUUGACGUUUCCCCUCUAGUUUUCAUGUGUGUCUACCUUAUGUUUUGUGCACUUCUUGUAUCGACCACAUAAAUGUCCUCAUUGUGGGACCAAUAAAGUCGAUCUUACCCUAAAUAAAGUGUUCCGUUCCAAGAAUACUGUUCUACAGUCACGCCUGAGUAGGAAUUUCAAAGCCAUGAUGUGUGUAUUUGCGUUAAUUGGUCUUGACUUGAUGGCAGUGUUGGCUUAUCUUCCCGCCCUUUUCCUCUGCAACCAAACGGCUGCUCAUGCUUUUUUUUUUGUUUAAUAUCGUCAAUAAGAAAGCGAUGUCAUGUUUUAUGUUACAUACCAACGAUCGAAUAAAUCACAUUUUGCAUCAUAAAUUCGGUUUCGCCGAACCGAUUUUCGCCGUUUAAAGCAUACUUUAAAUAUUUCAGUGCCCCUCUCGAAAAUUUCCCGGGGGAACCAUUCUCCCGAAUUUCUCCCGAUUUCCACCCGGACGACAUUAUCGGGGGCGUGCCUUAAAGGCACUGCCUUUAACGUCCUCUACAACCUGUCGUCACGUCGGCUUUUCCUCCAUACUAACAGCGUGCCGGCCCAGUCACAUAUUAUAUGUGGCUUUUACACACACACACACACACAAGUGAAUGCAAGGCUUACUUGAUCAACAGCCAUACAGGUCACACUGGGGGUGGACGUAUAAACAACUUUAGCACUGUUACAAAUAUGCGCCACACUGUGAACCCACACCAAACAAGAAUGACAAACACAUUUCGGGAGAACAUCCGCACCGUAACACAACAGAACAAAUACCCAGAACCCCUUGCAGCAGUAACUCUUCCGGGACGCUACAAUAUACACUCCCGCUACCACCAAACCCCCCCCCAAUCUCCAAAUUCGGAGGUCUCAAGGUUGGCAAGUAUGGUUUAAAGACUCGUCUGCAGUUUGAAGUCGGUACUUGGCGUCUGCGUCAACAUCGUGCUACACCACGGUUACAAGGUUCUCUGUGCAAUACAGGUAUGUUCUGGGCCCAAAAAAAAAAAAAGAAGCAAAUAGCACUUUGGACACCCCUGCUUUCGCCAAAAUGUGAUUUUUUUUUUUUUUUUAAGGAAAGCACUCAUGAAGUUUGUUUUGGGAGUGGCUUAAUAUUGUCUGGGACAACGCCACCAAUACUGAAGUUCACGCGCGUGUUUACUGACGUCACAUGUUCCUUCUUUUCCAGCAAGAUCAAAAGCGGCGUCUCGGACCAACAACAUGUGUAAGUUUUGUACAGUAGACUAAGGGUUUCUUUACACACUAUAUGAUCAUUAUUACUGUCUUUAUGUUUAGUGUGGGAUGGAAAUGUUCAAGGGGCCCGGGCCUCGAUCUCACAUGAUGUUUGUACUCUUGUGUAUUUAAACUGCAAUGGUUUGGUUUUCUGGGGGAGCUGAAGACCAUGGUCACUGCUUCUUGACAGCUGUUCUCUGAGCAGGAUAGGACCCCUUACCCAGUUUAGGACUAAGGGAAAGAGUGUAUUGAGGUUUUGUACUGUGUGUGUGUGUGUGUGUGCGUGUUAAUAAGCACAUUGAACGAUAGCACAGCUGUUAUUGAUCCGUUUUCUUAAGGUAUAUAUUUAUUGAGGGACACUUGCCAAGACCCUGAGCCCUUCCCUCAAUAAAAAUCAUAUCAGAGGAUGCUCAUUGUACCUCAGAAAUGACCUACAUGAUUUUUUUAUUUUUUUUUUGAUAAAAAGGACACCACUAAGUCCCCAAUAAGUUAUUGUCAAUUGUAUCAUUUUUUUGUAUUUAUUUACCUAAAUAAAUUGCAGUUACCAUACA